AUGCAAACAAACCUAGUUUUAUUAUUUUUUGUAUUGGUUCUAUCAUGUUGUGUGUCGUCGUCUGCUGCUGCUGCGACAAAUCAAUCAUUGCCUAAUGAUGAAUUAUGGUCUGCAAUAUGGUUGUUACAGUAUAGUGGUAGAAGAACUGAUGCAGGAGCAGGAGCAGGAGGAACAGGAACAAGUGUGCACAUCAAUGCAUCAACAUCUGAUGAUAUUUGUAAUGGAGCUUAUUUUAGUUGUUCAAUUGAUGGUGGACACAUUAUUAAAGUAAAUAUGUUUGAUAAUGUUACCUUUGUAUAUGAUGGUGAUUUACCUUCUAAUGUUACAUCGUUGAUAUUGCCAAUGGUACAAUCGAUUGAUAUCUAUGUGAAUAGCUCAACAAAGUAUUUUGAGUCUGUCAAUUUGUUAGACUAUCUAACCAACCUUUCAUCACUAUCGACACUUCGAUUAUACGACCCAAGGUUAAAGAUGGUAUCUACAACAACAACAACACCAUUUUCAUCACUUCAAUCAUUGACACUAGGUCUAUCAUCCAACAACAACAACAACAACAAUAAUAAUAUAACAUUGUCAUUUGAAGAAUUAGUAUUCCCUAAUCUAACAAUAUUUGGUAUUGAACUGGGAGUAAUGACAAACUUUACAUACCCAGAGACAAUCAAACGAUUAAAUAUUCAAACAAAUUCAAUCACCCCAUCAAAUAUUUCUUUAUAUUAUUCGUUACUGGAAUUAAAUAUUAAUAAUAUUAAUCAAACUUUAUUAUUACCUUCUCCAUUACCAAAAUAUUUGAAAAAUGUAACAACAACAAAUAAUUCACUUUCAGGAAAUGUACCAUUGGAUCUUCUCUUAAAUGAUCCAUUCAACCUUAAUCUUGAUCUAGAGAAUAAUAUGGGGUUGACUGGAAAGCUUUCAAAUGAUUUUUGUUAUAUUCAAUCUUUAUUUAUUCAAAACACAUCUAUUACAGCCGUACCAGAUUGUUGGGGAUGUUUGGCUUCUCCAACUACUAGAUUCUCAUCUUCAUUACCAUUACCAUUGCCAUCGGAUUGUAAAAAAUUAAUUCAAUUUGAUAGCCAUGAUUUAGUUUCUUUUCAAGGAAGAUUCACAAUCUCAGGCAAUAUGAUUGGUUGGAGUGACUUUGAUUCUAAUUUAAAGUUAAUUUAUCCAAACAAACAAUUAGAAGGAACAAUUGAUUUGGAUAAAGGUUUAAGUCAACAAAAGAAUUAUACAUUUUUGUCAACUGGACAACCCAUACCAUUUAAUAUUAAUGAGGUUGGAUUUAAAGUUCACAGUGUUAUGGUAGACCCAUACAACCCAGAGUAUCAAGCCAUUUCAAUUGCAAUAUUCUAUGAUAUUGUCAAUCCUCUUACACAAUACCAACCAUCUAUACUUUUUGGUGGUUCAAUAUGUCAUUUUAUACAAUUUGACCUUUUUUCAAAUACCACUCUAUGUACAGUCACAUCACCACCAAAUGGUUCAAAUCUAUCAAUACAAAUAUCAAAUAGUUAUCAAAAUCAAACAAUUAAUGAUCCAGAUAUUGUUACAAAACAUACUGAAAUCAAAUCAUAUAAAUUUGAUCCCCCAUAUGGACCAUUUAAUAAUCUAACAUUGUAUGGUUAUUUUGGAUUUAAUUCAAUGGAUGGAACGCUAACAUUUACGUCAUUGGAAGAUGAAAAUGUAAAUGUUGGUGGUUGUACAAUCAUACAAUCAAACCAAACAUACAUUCAAUGUGAAUUUGAAAAACAACCAAUAACAAUUGGUCCAACAAAAUUAAAUCUAAAUAUUCCCAAUGGAAACUACAACUUUGCUCCAUUUUAUAUUCCUGCUCCAAUAAAUAUUGAAUCAAUAAUCCAUUCAAUAGAAUUCCCAUUUUUAAUAUUAAAUGGGUAUUUUGGUAAAGAUACUCAAGGAGGAAAAAUAUAUAUAAAUAGUAGUAGUAGUAUUAGUAGUAGUAGUUAUAGUUGUAUUAUUACAGACUCCAAUGCAACAUACAUUAAAUGUAAUUUAAGUCAAUCUCCUCCUCAAGGAGUAUAUAUUGUUAAAGUUCAAGUUGCUGAUGGAGAUGCACAAUCAACUAUUACUAUUUCAAGUACAAAAAUAACAUCAAUUCAAUUAAUACCACCAACAUUCCCACCAACAACAAUGAUUUUAAAUGGAUAUUUUGGAGUUAAUUCAAAUCAAGGAUUAAUCUAUAUCAAUAAUAAUACGAAUAUUUGUACGAUUAUUAAACAAUCAAAUGAAACAAUGAUUCAAUGUACUUUUAAUAGUACUCUACUUGUAUCUGGACAAACAAAUGUCACUGUCAACAUGCAAAAUGGAAAUUAUUCAUCCAAUACAAUAUUAUUCAUUCCAUAUCCAUCACCAAGUAAUGAGGAAUGCAUGGUUAGAACUAAUAAUUGUAGUGGUCAUGGUAAAUGUGUUGAUGGUAUAUGUCAAUGUGUUGGUUUGGAUUGGUAUGAUGAUUGUAAAUUUAAAAUAUCAUCCGAUGAAAAUGUCAAAGUAUUAGUAAAUUCAAGUAAUCCAACUAUAUCAUUUACUCAUGUUAGUUAUAAACUUCAAUUUGAUUUAGUUGCCAUUCAAGAAUUAGAUAUUAAUAAUCAAAUAAUUAAAGAAUUACAUACAACUAAUAAUUGGAAUAAUUAUACUGAUACAUCAACAAACAAUCAAUUAAAAUCAUUAGAAUAUCAAUUAUCAUUGACAAAUAAUAAUAUAUUUAAUAAUACAAAUAUUAUAUCAACUAUUCAAGUAUCAAAUAAUAGUAGAACGAUUCAAUUUGGAGAUGAAAGUAUUUAUAUUGGUAAUAAUAGUAUUAAAUCAACAGUAUCAAUUAAAGAUUGGCCAUAUUCAACAGUAUCAGAAUCACCACAUCUCGUUGUACUAUUCUCAACCACAAUUAAUAAUAAUCAAACUAUUAUUGGAUGUGAUGGAUCAAUCAAUCAAGUGGAAACAUUCCAAUCAUUCCAAGAUAGUGAUUCAAUUGAAUUUAUUCGAAUCAUUUCCAAUGAUAUUCAAUUCUUUGGACAAUUCCUACCAUUUGUAAUAUCAGACAACAACAAAUCAACGUACUCCAAAAUAGAAUUAAUCAACACAACUAGAAUCAAUGAUCAACAAUCGAUUGCAUUGAUUGGUAUUCAUCUUCCACAAUGUCAACUAUGUUUGAUUGAUCCUCAAUUCGUGCCAUUGGAAAUUGAUCUAUCUAGUCAAUGUCCAUCAUCGAAUAGUCAAACGUCCGACAAAAAAGAAGAAGAACAUAUGUCAUGGUACUUUAUUGCAAGUAUUGUAUUAAUGACAUCUGGUGCAUUAGCAAUACUUAGUUGUUUUGUAUUCAAAAAAACUGAUCGUCAAAUUAAAUUUAUACCUCUUACAGAAUUUGAAGAUAAUAGUAGUGACAGUAAUAACAACAACAACACAAAUAACCCAACUAUAUUAAGAUUUCAUCGUGAUUAUAAUGAUGAUGAAGAUAAUAAUCAUAAAGAUAAAGAUGAUUAG